AGCGGGGCCACGAUGAAGAAGCAGUUCAAUCGCAUGCGCCAGCUGGCCAACCAGACGGUGGGCAGGGCAGAAAAGACUGAAGUUCUGAGCGAAGACCUUCUUCAGGUGGAGAAGCGCCUAGAACUGGUGAAGCAAGUUUCCCACAGCACGCACAAGAAGCUCACUGCAUGUCUCCAGGGCCAGCAAGGGGCCGAGGCUGACAAGCGUUCUAAAAAGUUGCCUUUGACAACACUGGCUCAGUGUUUGAUGGAGGGGUCAGCUAUCCUGGGAGAUGACACACUUCUCGGGAAGAUGCUGAAACUCUGCGGAGAGACAGAGGACAAGCUGGCUCAGGAGCUGAUCCACUUUGAGCUGCAGGUGGAGAGAGACGUGAUCGAGCCCCUGUUUUUGCUGGCCGAGGUGGAAAUCCCAAACAUUCAGAAGCAGAGGAAACACUUAGCAAAGCUGGUGCUGGACAUGGAUUCUUCACGAACAAGGUGGCAGCAGACUUCCAAGUCUUCAGGUCUGUCCGGCGGCUUGCAGCCUGCAGGUGCCAAAGCUGAUGCCCUCAGGGAAGAAAUGGAGGAAGCUGCCAACAGAGUGGAGAUUUGCAGGGACCAGCUCUCGGCAGACAUGUACAGUUUUGUGGCCAAAGAAAUCGACUAUGCAAACUACUUUCAAACGCUCAUCGAAGUGCAAGCAGAGUACCACAGGAAGUCACUGGCCCUCUUGCAGGCCGUGUUGCCUCAGAUAAAAGCACAACAGGAGGCCUGGGUGGAGAAGCCUUCCUUCGGGAAGCCUCUGGAGGAGCACCUGAUGAUCAGCGGCCGGGAGAUCGCCUUUCCCAUCGAGGCCUGUGUGACAAUGCUGCUUGAGUGUGGGAUGCAGGAGGAGGGACUCUUCCGGGUAGCGCCGUCUGCCUCCAAGUUGAAGAAGCUGAAGGCCGCUCUGGACUGCUGUGUGGUGGAUGUGCAGGAGUACUCGGCAGACCCCCACGCCAUCGCAGGAGCUUUGAAAUCUUACCUCCGAGAGUUGCCGGAACCUCUGAUGACCUUUGAACUCUAUGACGAGUGGAUUCAGGCUUCCAAUAUUCAGGAGCAAGACAAGAGGCUUCAGGCUCUGUGGAAUGCUUGUGAAAAAUUGCCCAAGGCCAAUCACAACAACAUCCGAUACUUGAUCAAAUUUUUAUCCAAGCUAUCAGAAUAUCAAGAUGUAAACAAGAUGACUCCCAGUAACAUGGCAAUUGUGUUAGGACCCAACCUCCUGUGGCCACAGGCGGAAGGGAACAUCACGGAAAUGAUGACCACAGUUUCACUGCAGAUUGUUGGGAUCAUCGAGCCCAUCAUCCAGCAUGCAGACUGGUUCUUCCCUGGGGAGAUAGAGUUCAACAUCACAGGGAAUUAUGGGAGUCCCGUACACGUGAACCACAACGCCAACUACAGCUCAAUGCCCUCCCCAGACAUGGACCCCGCUGACCGGCGCCAGCCCGAGCAGGCCCGCCGGCCCCUCAGCGUUGCCACGGAUAAUAUGAUGCUGGAGUUUUACAAAAAGGAUGGCAUGGGCGUGAGGGUCAUGGACACGUCCUGGGUGGCUCGAAGAGGCUCCUCGGCCGGCAGGAAGGCGUCCUGCGCCCCGCCCACCAUGCAGCCCCCCGCGCCGCCCGCCGAGCUUGCCGCGCCUCUGCCGUCGCCCCUCCCGGAGCAGCCCCUGGACGGCCCCGCGGCGCCCUCGCUGUCGCCGUCGGGCUUGGGCCUCCAGCCCGGGGCCGAGCGCACCAGCACUUUGAAAAGCAAGGAGCUUUCUCCGGGAUCUGGGCAGAAAGGAAGUGCAGGUUCCAGCCAGGGGACGCCCGGUGCAGGGACGCAGCCGGGGGCACAAGCAGGCGCCAGCCCCAGCCAGCCACCCCCCGACCAGAGCCCGCACACUCUCCGGAAAGUUUCCAAGAAGUUGGCUCCGAUUCCACCCAAGGUCCCCUUUGGCCAGCCGGGGACUAUGACCGACCAGUCUGCCGGCCAGCCGUCCCCGCUCAGCCUGUCCCCCACCCCACCGAGCACCCCAUCGCCCUACGGACUGAGUUACCCGCAGGGGUACUCCUUGGCCUCCGGUCAGCUCUCCCCGGCGACGGCCGCGGCCCCUCCCCUGGCCUCCCCUGCCGGCUUCCCGAGCACUGCAGCCAAAUCUCGGCCCACCCCCAAGCCCCGACAGAGACCCACCCUGCCGCCCCCUCAGCCUCCCACAGUCAGCCUGCCAGCCCCGAGUCCACAGUCCACGGAGCACCCCGUGCUGGACGGCAUGGCCCCCGGGGAGAGCAUGUCGACAGAUCUCGUCCACUUUGACAUACCCUCCAUCCACGUAGAGCUCGGGCCGCCGCUCCGCCUGAGCCCCCUGGAGCACGCGCGGCGACACUCGGUGACAGAGAAGAGGGACUCGGAGGAGGAGUCUGAGAGCACCGCCCUCUGA